UUAUCGAUAUCCGCAUUACUUUUUCAUUGUAAAUUGUAAAUAAAUAAAAUCUGGAAAAAUGAGCUCGGGGGCCAUGCGCACUCCCGUCUCGCAGAUAAUCCAAAGCAAGCAGGACCAAGAUGCCGAGGAGGAGCCGAAGAAGAAGUCCCGCGAGGACUGGCGCAAGGCAAAGGAGUUGGAGGAGGCUCGUAAAGCGGGAACAGCUCCUGCCGCUGUGGACGAAGAGGGUCGUGAUAUAAAUCCGCAUAUUCCCCAAUAUAUAUCAAACGCUCCAUGGUACUAUGGAUCAGCGGGACCCACAUUGAAACAUCAGCGUCCCCAGCACGAAGACGAGCAAGGACAGCUAGACAAAAGGGCUCCAAAAGGUCUUGACACCUCUCGCAUCAUCACCAAAUUCCGGAAAGGUGCUUGUGAAAACUGCGGUGCGCUUAGCCACAAGCGCAAAGAUUGCGUAGAUCGGCCACGUAAAGUUCUAGCAAAGUACGCCGAAUCCAUCGUUGUUCACGACGAGCAUUUAGUAAAUGAGGCUGCAGUGAACUACGACGAGAAAAGAGAUCGUUGGAGCAGCUAUGACCCGGCCAAUCACCGGGAGAUCGUCGAGGAGUACGAGAAGGUGGAGGAGGCCAAGCGACAGCUUAAAGCCGAGAAGCUCAAAAAUGAUCCCGAUGCCGAAAUAUCCGAUGAGGAUGGUAAUGAAGACAAAUAUGUGGACGAGGUGGACAUGCCGGGUACUAAGGUGGACUCCAAACAGCGUAUCACGGUGCGGAACUUGCGUAUCCGCGAGGACACAGCCAAAUACCUGAGAAACUUGGACCCUAACUCCGCUUACUACGAUCCCAAGACACGCUCCAUGCGUGACAAUCCCAAUCCCGCAGUGCCAGAGGAAGAAGCUGAGUUUGCCGGUGAGAACUUUGUGCGCUUCUCUGGAGACACGACAGCACAAGCCACCGCCCAGCUAUUUGCUUGGGAGGCUCAUGGCAAGGGAGUGGAUGUCCAUCUUUUGGCCGAACCUACUAAGUUGGAAUUGCUUCAGAAAGAGUACGAACAGAAAAAGGAACAGUUCAAGUCGAGUACGAAAACGCACAUUGUCGAGAAAUACGGAGGUGAAGAGCACCUACAGGUGCCGCCAAAGUCUCUGUUGCUGGCCCAGACAGAAGAGUACAUUGAGUACUCUAGGAGCGGCAAAGUGAUCAAAGGUGUUGAGAAACCAAAAGCGCGCAGCAUCUACGAGGAGGAUGUUUAUAUUAAUAACCACACCACCGUGUGGGGCAGCUACUGGAACGCCGGUCGCUGGGGCUACAAGUGCUGCAAGUCCUUUAUCAAGAACUCCUACUGUGUCGGUAUGCAGGAACCUGAAGGGUACUCGGAGCAGCAUCCCACUAGCUCGAGCACAGUAUCUGCAGCGGAGCCAAUAGCCCAAGUUCAAUUUAAAGUUCCAGAAGUGCCCCCAGAAAAGCCCGCUUCCGAAGUGGACUCGGCUCCGAGUUCAGAAUCAUCUUCAUCGGAAGAGGAGGAAGUAAAACCAGAGAAGAAAAAGUCCAAGAAGAAGUCAAAGAAACGCGAGAAGAAAAAGAAAGCCAAGGAACAGCGGAAACAAAAAUCCAAACACAAGGAUGCCAAGGAAAAAGAGAAGUCAAAAGAGAAAGAAAUUCCAGAGGAACUGGACGAUCGCAAAAGGGCUUACAACAGCAUGUAUGACGUAAAGGCGCCCACAGAGGAUGAGAUCGAGGAGUGGAAAAAGAAGCGGCCUAGGGCAGAAGAUCCUAUGCUGCAAUUUAUGUAGACAACAAAAUAAAACUAAUUAUCUUAAAUUAAAA